AUCAAGUCAAGUCCUCCACUUCAUCCACUCCAAAACAAACCACAACACUCCAAAAAUGUUCUCUCUCGUGUCAAUCUUUGUGCUGGCCGUUGCCGCUGCCGCUGCCAUUGAACUGCCAUUGGGUUCCAUCUAUCAUGCUCCCGCCGUGGCCAUUGCGAAGCCCCUCCUCAAGACCGUCGAGGUGGAGGCGCCAGCUCACUACGAUUUCAGCUACUCGGUGCACGACGAUCACACCGGCGACAUCAAGAGCCAGACGGAGUCACGCAAGGGCGAUCAGGUUCAGGGUCAGUACACUCUGAUCGAUGCCGAUGGCUAUCAGCGCAUUGUGGAUUACACCUCGGAUGCCCACAACGGUUUCAAUGCUGUUGUGCGCCGUGAACCUCUGGGCCACAAGGUGAUCAAGGCUGCACCCAUUGCCAAGCUGGUUGCUCCCAUUCCCAUUGCCUAUGCGCAGCCCAAGCUUCUCGCUGCUCCCGCCAAGCUGCCACUCAGCCUCUAUCACUAAGGAAUCGAACCUCGAAGGGGCGAGAAAGAGAGAGAAUCUAAACACUGAUUUCAUCCAUUGCAUUGACGACCCAUCUCUGAACUGAACUGCUCACACUCAACUCAACUCAACGUAGAACUUUUUUUUUAUUACAUACUUUCCAAGGAUCACUUUUCUG